AUGUAGAACAGUACAGAAGUGUCACAAUUCAUAUUCCUAGGACUAAGCAAUGUCCCAGAAUUGCAGGUCCCCUUCUUUAUCAUGUUUGUUCUCAUCUAUCUCAUCAAUGUAGUUGGAAACUUGGGGAUGAUCAUUUCAAUUCUCCGGUACUCUCGACUCCACAAUCCAAUGUACUUCUUCCUCAGUAAUCUGUCUCUGGUAGACUUUUUUUACCCUUCAGUUGUCACUCCAGAAGUCAUGACUGGGCUCCUUAGAGAAGACAAAAUCAUUUCCUACAUUGUGUGGGCUGCUCAGACAUUCUUUUCUGAUCCCUUUGCCAGUGUGAUAAAUUUACUAUUGGCCUUAAUGGCCUCUGACCACUAUGCAGCAGUGUGCAAACCCCUGCAUUAUACCACCACCAUGACAAGUGUAUGUGCAUGCCUGGCCAUAGGUUGAUACGUCAAUGGUUCCCUGAAUGCCUCCAUUCACACUGAGGAAACAUUCAGUCUCCCUUUCUGUAUGUCCAAUGUAGUCCAUCACUUAUUCUGUGAGGUUCCAGCAGUCAUGGCUCUGUCUUGCUCUGAUAGACAUGUGAAUGAAGUGGCUCCUUUUUAUGUAACCAGCUUCAAUAUCCUCUUUGCCAUUCUAGUUAUCUUGAUAUCCUACUUAUUUAUAUUUAUCACCAUCCUAAAGAUGCACUCAACUGCAGGAUACCAGAAGGCUUUGGCCACUUGUGCCUCCCACCUCACUGCAGUUGCCAUCUUCUAUGGGACUAUUAUCUUCAUGUAUAUACAGCCCAGCUCCAGUCAUUCCACUGACACAGACAAAAUUGCAGCUGUGUUUUAUAUUACUGUCUUCCCCAUGCUGAACCCUGUGGUCCAAAGACUGAGGAAUAAGAUGAAGAGUACAUUCAAGAAAAUUGUUGAGAAGGUAAAAUUGUCUCUAGGAUGGUGA